GUGCUCUGUGAUUGUGCGUUGUGUUGCCUGCCAGACAGCCACGGAGGAGACAACACAACACGAAGUUGUUGCCAGAUAGUUGUGAGAAGAAAGUUCGAAGAAAUUACUUGAAAAAUCUGCGUCACAGACGUCAGUGCAGAGAAACGAGUGAAACGUAUUGCUGCGUAAAUAAGUGCUGUGUAGAAUCUGAUGUGCCAGUAAUUUCUGUGGCAGUAAGGGGUUCUACAAAAUUGGGCAUUCAUUCAUUUGCACAAAAUCUACUUUAGUUUCUGUUACAGACCUCAGAACAACGCUAGCAGCAGAAUGAGCGUAGAAGAUAACCACGCUUGCAGGUCCAAUCUUGAUAAUUGUAUCAGCUCGUUCGAAGGUGCUUCACAGCAAAGACGAUCUAGUGACUCUAACGCCGAUGACUUCAGUGAGUCACCCCUUCCGCCCCCCGAUCUUGCAGAAGACGACGACGAUGACGACGACGACUUUCCGUCAGCAAUGACGGCCUCUUACAGCGAAAUUUGUUUCGAUCAAGACGACGACGAUGCGGAUCUCUUGCCUGGUGAAAUGGUAGACCUGGCCGAGGUUCAAGACGCAACGCAAGGAUUAACUGAACUAGUAGAACAGCUGAACCGCGAUGAAGGACUGCAAGAGCAGCGAAGACCGCACACGCUGUCCCUGAAGGACAAUACUAAAGCUGAGCCAACGCGGCAUAAGGGACAACAGACGUCUGACAGUCAGGCUACGAGCCCUGGGUCCUCCUUGUUAAGCGCAGACGAUGUUUUAGACAGCCAAGGACUUCAAAAGCGACGUGGAAGCGGGGCAAGCGGGUUGUCCGAGCUACAGGGCACAGUUACAUACGACGGGGAGAUGGUCAACUUCGUUGCGGAAGACUUGCAUGAAAAAAUCAAACUCAGCAGCCCCGUGGCAAAGAAAUCAGAAGUGGGUUCCUUCCCAGGAUCACGUUCUUCUACACCGAGCCUGUACAGGCAAGCAUUGCAACCGAGUCCGUUUGGCUUGGUUGAUCCUGGGGUUUUAGCCGACUUGGAAUCGCAGGCAAGGGCUGUGGCUGCGUCUGUGGAUACACUUCUGGAAAGCCUCGGUUCAAGCUUACAUGGAAUCUCGUCGUUGACCAUCGACUGCGUGAAACUGUACGAAAGCAGCAUGUGCAAGACAUGCGACUCUGUGGAUGCAAAUAUAAAGUCGAUGUAUCAACUUAUGGUGAAGUACGAAGAACUGAGCAAGUCCAUGCGACCGCUUUACAGCAUCGCAAAUGAAGUGAAAAACAUCAAAAAGUUGCUAGACCACUUUGAGAACGUCGUUGAGGGAAAGACAUGAACGACAGAGAAGUUCUAGACUAUAUUCUUUCCUCCCUUCUGUACAUUAUUUCACUCCACUCAUUAUACUUAAUUUAUUUUUUUGCACAGGCUAUACGAAAUAAAUUUGUGCCAAGUCGGGCUUCUUCUCGGUCA